AUCAGGCACACCCUCUUUCACGCAUAGACACACACAGUGACAAGUAUGAGUGGGUAUAAAUAGGUGGGUGCCGAGGGCGUUGGGCAUCAUAGCAGUCAGUCAUUCGCUAUCUCGAGCCGUCCUAUUCGCGUUUCCUUCAUCGGACACUUCACUCGUCGCGUUUCAAAGCCGCAUCGAGGAUCUUCUAUCCUCCGCAGGUUGUUCCCACGGUCCUCGCUGCAAGUUAAGUUGCUCCCAUCAUGAAGUCUACCGUGACGGUGGUUGCGGCGUUAUGCCUGCUGGUGCUGGUGGCUUUCCCGGCCAUUGUGUCGGGGUGGUGCCUGGAUGAUACGGACCACGACCCAAACACGAGGAGGAAGAUCGACUGCCGCAAGAAUCCCGACGCUGCAGGUUCCCAACGGGCCUGCCAAAGUCUGUGCUAUGCGCAACCCUGGUGCCAAGGCACCGUCUGGAUCGGAAGCCCAGCCCAUUGGGUCAAGGGCAAGUACUGCUGCUUCCUCAAGGACAAGUACAAUCCAAGCGCUCUCAAGAGCCAAAAGCACCGCAGGUACUGCAGGAGAGGCUACUGACUAAUGGGAUUUAACGGACCUGUCUGAGCCAAUCCUGCUGCUGGCUCACGGUGGCCAAAACCAUGAUUCGUGACGCUGCUGGAGGGGACAGCGUGAUGAAGGCAAGUAAUUAACGGUUGUUAAAGGCAGCAGCAACGGCUGUCACUGUUUGUUAACCGCGGACGGCCGUUAACAGCCGAGGCAAACACGAGGUGGCAGCGCCCAUAUUAACGGAUCGUAACGGUGGACACACUGUCAGCAUGACAAUGUUUACUCUGUGUGUGUGUGUGUGUGUCAUCCGUUCGGACUGAUGUCAUUGAACUCCGUGUCGUAAUGGAAGGUAACGGAACGGAAGGGCUAGGUGCCAAGGCUGUCAGCCGACAGAAAGACUUGUGAGCCUGAGUGCUGGCUAAGGAUAUUAACGAUUUUCGAUGUUUUUAUUUUUUUAAAAAAGGAUAUUAAGGAUAAGCGUCAGGAUACAGACAAGAAUAGAUGGGUUAAGUGGGGAGACAAAUCAGGGGAACAUGGUUAUCAUCAUCACACCGUCAUCAUCGUAGUACACACACACACAAAGUGAGAGGGGAUAGAGGUGAGCAUCGAGGAUCAUCAGGACUGAGAGCCCGUUUGUGUAUGCUAACGGAGGGAAAGACGAGGUGGAAGGAAGAAGUCAUGCUGAAUGCCCGACGUGCUUCACAGCAUACAAUCGUCUCUCUCUCUCUCUCUCUCUCUCUCUCUCUCUCUCUCUCUCUCGCGCGCGCGCGCGCGCGCGCGCGCGGGGGGCGUGUGCUGCGACGAUAGAUAGAAAACGACACACUGAUAGUCAUUUGGGGGGGGUCUUUUUGACGGGGUCUCGUUCUCCACAAGCCAUCUUGAACUUGCUAGAAAUGACAAGAAGGUGUUAUUAUGGCCACAAUGUCUCGACUGGGCUGAUGAUGUCAUAGAAUGGACCUCUCAUGUCAUGGUUAUGAAUGGUAAGAUGACUCUUUUGUUUUAAUGGUAGUCUAAAGUCAACAUAGACAGACCGAUGUGGAUUGAUCUCUGGCAAUCCUCGGAC